GAUGGGAGGAUUUUUGUGAGUAAGAAAAGUUUUGCAAAGGAUUUUACUGUGAAAAAUAAAAAAAAAAAUCAAAAAUGGACAAAUUAAUUCUAAAGUUCAUCGCAAGACCAAUUUCAACCUCCCAGUCAGCCUACACCUCCUACCUACCACUCCACAUCUAUGGAAAGCUUUUUGGAUUCGGAAUUUUUUCAAUCAAUCCUAAAAAUUACACAACCAAGUUUAAAAUUCAAGAUUUCUUCUACGCAGUCCUCAGCAUCAUCCUCAAUGGAUUCAUCAUUUGUGUCUACUGGAAAAUCUUUACAAAACCAAAUUUCAUUCAAUCGACAGUAAAAUUCCAUUCAACAGUAACCUUGACUACACCUUUAGUGAUGUUCUGUCAAUACUUAGCUUAUACAGCUAUUAUGAUCUUAAGUGUAGUUAAGCGUCAUGAGCUUUGUAUGAUUUUGAGGAAAAUUAAAAAAAUUGACCUCGAUUUGGAGGACUUUCGAGUCAGGUUUGACUAUCAUAGUGAAAUGUGUCACAUAAGAAAAAUAAUUCUUAUUAUCAUAUCCGUCAUAAUUACUAUGAUGGCAUUGACACACAUCAGUGAGAAAUUCUAUGACAUUCAUAUUGACUUCAAGUACGACAUUUACUUAUUUUGGAUCCUUAAUUGUGGGGUUAUAUUACUCCUUGGAUUCUGUACUGUGGCUAUUGGAAUAAGGAAUCGAUUUAUUGGAGUUAAUAAGUGCAUUAGCACCUUGAACUUUUCAUCCAAAGUUCCACCUUCAAUGAUAAUCAAGAAUCUCCGAAAGCUAGCUGACAUCCACAUGCAGAUAGUCGAGACAAUUGUAAUCAUCAACAGGACAUUCUCAAUAGCUAUGCUGUCGUACUUUACACUAGCUUUUUAUUGGUGCUGCAUUUUGCUGUUUAUUUUUAUGAAAACACCUGGAUUUUUAUGGAGGAAGUACUACAUGUUCCUGAUAUCCAAAGCGAUCAUAAAUUCAUUCAUGUUUGGACUUUUGGUUGCUGUAAUUUGGAGUGCUGCAAAAGCUAAAAAUGAAGGACGAAAAGCUGCGAUUAUUUUGUAUAAAAUUAAGAAUGAUAUUGAUGAUCAGGAAGUGGCUGAAAAGAUUACAGCAUUUAUUGACCAAGUUAAGUUCACAUCGACAAAAUUUUCUUGUGGCUUGUUCACAUUUGACUGGAAAUUGCUAUUUAAGUUCCUGAGUGCAGCAAUUAUGUAUUUUGUGAUUCUGAUGCAGUUUGAGUCAUCAAUUCAUAAAUAUGACAACAUCAACAUUCAAUUUGAUAAGUUUGUUGAGAAUUUUACGAGAAUUAUUGAAGGAAGAGUUAAUGGAUCUGAAAAUUAUUAAAAAAUCUAAUUUAUAGAAAAAUUUAAAAGUUUUUUUUAUUAAAUUUCAUCAAUUUUUUGAAAUUUACAAACCCAUUUGGGUGAUCUGCAGCUUCUUUGUAAAGGAUAUUUCUCAGUAUAAAGCUUUUUUCUAGUCAAAGUCUCUAACUGUAUCCCAUAUUCAGCCAUAACUUCCUGUAUCCAUUCAAAUACUUCAUUAAAAUAUUCUUUAUUCUCAAAUGACAUUUGAAGUAAAUUUUUUCCGUCAUUAUUUUCAGCUUUUAAAUAAUUUUUUUGCUCAUCGUGACUCAUAAAGCUCUUUAUGUCAUUCCAAAUCAGCUCCACAAAUUCCUUUUUAUUAUUUUCAACAGCAUUAAACAACAAAUGAUUCCCAAAUUUAUCAACAUGCUUAAUAAACAUCAAGAUUUCCUCAGAUUUGAAAUAUUUUCUGAAUUUAUUCCACAAAUUUGCAUGCAGUUCCGCUGACUUUGUCCAUUUUGAUUCUGACUGUAGCACAUUCCGGUUCCAAUUGUUGAUGUUGCUGAGAAUUUUAACAAUUUCAUCUGGUCGCGAUAAUUUCUCCAAUUCGUUCAUCAUAAAGUCAAAGAAUUCAUUUGGCAGCUCGUAAACUGCAAUUUGAAUGAUGUUGUUGCCAAAAAAGUCGACUUGCUUGAUCACAUCCAAAAAAUCGUGAUCGUCUUUAAAGGAAUCACGAUAAAGUUGCCAUAAAAAUUGAUGAGUUUGGAGCUUUUUUGACUUAAAUCCAGCCCAGGGGCGUAGCCAGAAAAUUUUUAAGGGGGGGGCCCAUCUUCGAAAAUUGAAAAAACCGUUAUUUUGUAUCCUUAAAUCUAUAUUCAUUCUUCAUAAGUUUAAAUAUUUAAUUCAUUAUUCAUACAUUAAAUUUAAUUUUCCGUGCUCAUUUUGACAUUUCUUUCGUCACUUCCUCUACAUUAACUGGUUCUUCUCUAUAAAUACUUAAUAAAACAAUUAUCAGAUUUUCGUAGGGGGGGGCCCGGGCCCCCUAUGGCCCCCCCCUGGCUACGCCCCUGAUCCAGCCAUUUGAAGUAAGUUCCUGUCUCUUUUGUGUUUUAAAAGUAAAAUAUUUUGGAAUUGAGAGGCUGUAAAGCAAGUUUUGAGGAUGUUAAGGGUCAGUUCUACAAUUGAUGGCUCUUCGUCUUUUUCUACUAAGUCGUGAAUGAAGUUAAAGUCUUUUUGGAGCAGGAAGUCCUUCAAUUCUUCUUUAUUGUCGAAUGAGUUGCUUAAAAGAUGCAGGAAGGCUUCUUGGAAGUCGAGUUUGUUGAUCAUUCUGGCAUUAUGUAGGAUUGACUUCUUUCUUGAGUCGACUUUCUUGAUGAUUUCGAUGAGAUUUGAUGAAUUUAGAGAUUUUUCAGCUGCUGUCCAUAUAAUUUGGAGCUUCUUAAUGUCUGCUGUCUGGAUGCAAAUUUGAAGGACAUUUUCAUGAUUUUUAUUGCAGUUAUUCAUUAACUUGAAUAAUUCUAUGGAUUCUAAGUACUUUUGGAUUACUUCCAUGAAUUUAUGCAUCUUAUUGACAUCUAAUGAUAUAGACUUAAUCAAGAAGCUGAAGAUAUUUUCCUCAAAUCCAUCAGAACUCUUAAGUUUCAAGCAAUUUUUAAUAAAUUCUUUACCAGUCUUAGCUUCAACUUUAAUCACAAAGUCCUCGAAGAUUUCCACAUUUCGACUAGAUUGAAUAUUUUUAUGGAAGACUAGCUGCACUUCAAUCAACUCCUUCAAGUCAUCAACAGUCAGGAAAUCAAUCAUAAAAUCUUGAUAUUUUAUAAACAAUUCUGAAUUCUCAGCUCUCGCAUUUAUAGAGUCAGCUGUGUCAAACAAUAUCCUUCGUACCUUUAUAUAAUCUCCAUUUUUAAGGACCUCAAUGACUAAAUACCCAAAAUGCUCAUUAAACUUGCUAAAAUAAUGGUGAAAAUUCGUCAUGUCAUUGAAAUAUUCAAUUUGCUUCUUCAUCUUUUCCAGGAUCUUCUUUAAAAAUGAGUAAUCAUCAAUCACGUCACUUAAAAACACUCGAACCAUCUCAAACUUCUUUAUAGUCAGCACCCUAGCUAGCAACUCACAAAAUGCUUCUUUAAACUUAGUCUUCUUUUUUAAUAAUCCAGCAAUAUAAUCAGCUACAUAAAAUUCACAAAAUGUCUCGUGCAGGAAGUAAAACUCAUCUCCAAUCUUAGUCAUCAGUCCGCAUGCAAUGACUUCUACAUCAAGCCAUUCAGAUUCAUCAAUAUCUGGGAACAAGUCAUCAAUAAGAUCAGAAAAUAAUUUUUUUAAAGCUGAAUGUUGAUGAAAUUUUUGGAAGUUCAGUUCGUAAUCUUGACUUUCUGUGUUUGCUGUAUGCCUGAUUUCACCUUUGGCUGAUGACCAUCGUUCGUAGAGCUUUUCAGCAAAUGUUUUGUAGAUUUUGAACUUUUUGAUGGUAAUUGUGGCUUUUUUGUUGUCUUUGAAGCUCUCAGCAAUCAUUUUAAACAAUUGAGGCAUUCCAACUGAUCGUGUGUCAGCCAUGACAAUCUUAUUGAUUAUACGACGUGCAUUUUGAUGAUAAAUUUCAAGUUUUUCGGACUUUUUCAUAUACUUUUCAAAGUCAUCUUUAGAUAAACUUGCCAAGUCAUUCUCAAUAUCCUGCAACAUCCAACAUUUUACAAUAAAGUCAACACCAUCUUUGUCUGUGAAGCUAGAAAGCUUGUAACUUGCAGCAUCUUCAAGUUUCUCUUUUAAGUCAACCUCAAAGUAGUCUCUAGUCGCUAUCCAUAGCUGGUUGCCUUCACAAUACUCAAAUGACUGAGCUAAUUUCGACACCAAUUCAGCACAAUUUGGAGCAAUUUCAUCAAAUCCAUCAAAUAAAAUGAUGACUUUACCAAUUUCGUACAUCUUUUUAAACAAUUUGGCUUCAAACUUGUCAUCUUGUAGCUUCAAUAUUUUGGUGACAAGAAAUUUGCAAAAUUCAGGUUUGAUUUUUUGUGUUUUGAAUUCUUUUAUAAAAUGCUUCAAAUCCACAUAUGUUAUCCACUUUGUAGGAUUUGUCUGGUUCAAGGUUGUUGUGAUAUUUUUUAUAGCCCAGCUUUUGCCACUUCCAGCAAUGUCUGAGAUGAUGACGUACUUUUUGUCUUUUACUUGAUUUAGAAGGUCUGAUUGGGAAAAUUUGGUAGCUUUUGUUGAGUUUUGGUGAUUGGUUGGCGUUUUGAUGUCAUGUCUGGAGAUGAAGUCUCUUGGUUGAAACAAGAACUUGAACUUUUGACUGACAAUUUGGACUUCAAGCUUCGUAUUUAAUAAAAUUGGUGAGUUUUCUAGAACUAAGUUUAAUAUUUCACUGUCAAUCAUUUCUGUGAGCUUUUGGACAGCUUUUUCUUCAUCUUCUGCUGCAGUUUGGUUAGACUCAAUCAUUAAAAGGUCCUUUAAAGUUAAAUUUGAAUUAUUCUGAAAGUUUAUUUUAAUCUUCAACAGUUUUCUUUGACUUGGUGCUGUUAAAUCCUCCCAGCUGUAAUUUGCUUCAAUUCUAACUGGAUUUAAAUCUUUUUUGACAAUGUUUUGGAUCAGAAUGUCAGCUUGACUCUCAUUUGACACUAUAAAGAUGAAUUUCAAUGAUUUAUUUCCAACAAAUUCUUCAAAAUCUCCAAAAGUCUCUUUUGAGCAAUCAACAAAAAUAUUUAAAUCUAAAUCUUGUUCCAACAGCUGCUUUAAGUCAUCAAAUAUUUCCUCAUUCUUUAACAUUUUAGGAUCAAUGAAAAUAUUUUGUGCUUUAAAAAUGUCGCCAUAAGUUCCAUCCAGCUGAGUAAUCAUAUCAAUAAGCAGUAGCUUAGGAACAUUUGUGGUUACUACAAUGGCUUCUUUGCUGAAUAUUUCCAUAAACAAUCCUUUAGACACAAGGAGAUCUAGUUUACGAUUCAUAAUGUUUGGCAACAACUGCAUGACUCUGUUCAUCUUUUGAACAUUUUUUCGGAUUUCUAAAUUAAAUUUUUGCAUUUCUGAGAAAACAUGGAUUUGGAAGUACUCAAAAAGCUCAUUGUACUUUAAUUGUAGACAUUUUAACUUUUCCUCAUUGUCGUCAUAUUGUGCAAGGAUCUGCAUAACUCUAACUAUGAGUUCUUGAUGAAAAUCUUUGCUAUCAUAAUGUGUAAAUACUGAAAAUAUGAUUCCAUCACAUUCAUCGUCAGGACUUUUUGAUUUUUUUACUGACCACUUAUCAAUAGAAGUAACAAUAGCUUUAUAUCUUUCAAUUACAUCAAUACAAUGUUUGUAAUAAGGAUUCUCAUUAUUCUCGUAGACUAGCUUCAUCACAUAGUGGCACAACUCAUGAGCUAUCACGCCUUUAAUCUUCUGAUCGCGUUCAUUAUUAGUUGAUUUGGCACCAAUGAAGAUUAAUUUUUGUUGAGGAUAUGUUGUUCC